AAAAACAAUGACCUCAGCCUUGGCAUUAUUUCAAAACCUAAGUUCAGACCUUCUGGGACUGAAGACUGUCACACUUGAAUUAUGACACUCCAUGAUAAGAAGUUGCCCUGAACGCAGAUUUGCAUCAAUUGCUAAAGGGCUGGAAAUCCUCUGGCCACUCGAGCCUGCCUCCUCCCGCCAAGCUUCAGCUGCCCCUCCCACCGCUCCUUCUCUUUCCGGGGAAGCGAUUAUCUUGCCGAAGGGCACGGAGACGAGGUGGGCUGGCUUUCCCCGAGACGGGGCGGGUGGAUCCUCCCAAGAGCGGGGCUCUAGAAAGCGCACCCCCUCUCGCGGCGCGGAGACUGCCAGCAAUCCGCGCGGCGCAGAGCGAUGGAGUCCUCCUGGCUCGAGACGCACUGGGCAAGGCCCUUUUACCUGGCGUUGGCGUUCUGCUUGGCCUUGGGGCUGCUGCAGGUCAUCAGGCUUUUGCUGCAGAGGCACCGGCUGCUUCGAGACCUGCGCCCCUUCCCCACGCCUCCCACCCACUGGCUCUACGGGCACCAGAAGAUAUUUCGGCACAGUGACAUUGAAAAGCUUGAGGAGAUUAUAGAAAAUUACCCUUGUGCCUUUCCUUUCUGGAUUGGGCCCUUUCAGGCAUUUUUCUACAUCUAUGACCCAGAGUAUGCAAAGACAUUUCUGAGCAGAACAGAUCCCAAGUCCAAGUACCUGUGCAAGUUCACGACUCCAGUCAUUGGAGAAGGACUAGUGAAUCUGAACGGACCCAAGUGGUUCCAGCACCGUCGCCUACUAACUCCUGGAUUCCAUUUGAAUACCUUGAAAUCAUAUGUCGAGAUGAUGGCCCAUUCUGUGAACACGAUGCUGGGUAAGUGGGAGAGGAUUUGCGGCACUCAGAACACACUUCUGGAUAUCUCUGAGCACAUCGACUUGAUGACCCUGGAUGUUCUCAUGAAAUGUAUUUUCAGCAAGGAAACCAACUGCCAGAUAAACAGCAACUUUGAUUAUUAUAUAAAAGCAAUAAGGGAAGGCACCACUAUCAUCUUUUACCGUGUGUACAAUUUCUUGUAUCACCAUGACAUGAUUUUCAAGUUCAGCUCUCAGGGCCACCGCCUGUGGGAGAUAAGCAAGAUACUGCAUCAGCACACAGAAAAGGUAAUCCAGGAGAGAAAGAACUCCCUCAGGGACGAGAAGAAGCAGGAGGACGUUCAGAAGAGGAGGUACCAGGAUUUUCUGGAUACUGUCUUUUCUGCCCAGGCUGAAAAUGCCAACAGCUUCUCAGAUACUGACCUAUGGUCCGAGGUGAACACAUUCAUGUUGGCAGGGCAUGAAACCGUGGCAGGAGGCAUUUCCUGGCUCCUCUACCACCUGGCUUUGUACCCUGAGCAUCAGGAGAGAUGCCGGGAGGAGAUCAGGAGCAUCCUGGGGGACGGGUCUUCCAUCAACUGGGACCAGCUGGGAGAGAUGUCCUACACCACGAUGUGCAUUAAGGAGUCACUGCGCUUGGCACCUCCAGUCCUGUCCCUGUCCAGAGAGCUCAGCAAGCCCAUUACCUUCCCAGAUGGACGCUCCUUGCCUGCAGGAAUGACCCUAGUUCUCAGUAUUUGGGGUCUCCACCACAAUCCUGCCAUCUGGGAAAACCCAAAGGUCUUUGACCCCUUGAGGUUCUCUCCAGAGAAUAAUGAUCAGAGACACCCCUACUCUUUCUUACCAUUCUCAGCUGGACCAAGGAAUUGCAUCGGGCAGAAUUUUGCCAUGGCUGAGAUAAAGGUGGCCAUUGCUUUAAUUCUGCUCAGCUUCAAGGUGACUCCAGACCCCACCAGGCCUCUUGUCACCAUGCCUCAUUGCUUCCUCAAACCCAAGAAUGGAGUCUACUUGCACCUGAAGAAACUCCCCUAAUGUUAGAGCCCACAGUAUGAUGAUUACAUACUUCUUGUUUUAAAGUUAAAUCACAACUAAUGGUUCAAGAAAAUGAAGAAGAAUCAAAGUAUGGUUGUAGGGUUAAGGGUAGAUGGGGUGAGGGUCUCUGGAGAGCUGUACAGUAUUCAAAAACAUCUCAAGGUACCAGAGGGUGUCUGUCGCCUAGAUCAGUUUCUGUAUGACUGGGAGAUGUGCAGAUCCUGUCUGUUCGAUUCUGGCUACCACUAAUGCCAAAUAUCAAGAAUUUUGCUAGAUGACUUCCAUAGAUUUUCUGUUUUAAUUUUUUUUUUAGAAUUACAUAGUAAUGGAUGAAUGUCUGCUCACUGUAAAAGAUUUGUAAGCCUAGAGACGCAUAUAGAGGAAGCAGUAAAGUCCCAUGUCACACAGCGCACACCUCCCUGCCCAAUCCUAUUGCUUCUCCUAAAAUAGAACAGUUUUGUGUGCAUGCUUUCGGACUUGUUUCUGUACAUUUCAUACGGAUGUGUAUGUUCUUAUCCAUGUGAUCAUACCCGUAUUGUUAUGCUUUUUUUCUCUUAAUAAAAAUAUAUCUCACUCCUCA